AUGGCAUGUCUUCUGACUCCAUCUUCUCGAAAUGAUCAUUUUUCGUCUGCCCUGUCUCGAUCACAGAUUCUUGUUUUGUUCCAGCGGCUGCCAGCCGGAAUUCAUCCGUCGGUAGAGCAUUCCGUUUCCGGAAAAAAUCUAUCACUUGUUUGCUAUUCCCAUGGGUUGACAGACCAUAUCUAUUGGAUAUUGGCUGGAUAUCUCUUUUCCCAACGAACAUUGGAUUAUCCUCUCUUUUUCCUACAAACAUUGGCUGGGGGUAUUUAUUCCCUACAAACAUUGGAUUAUCAUCUCUUUUCCCAUCGAACAUUGGAUUAUUCUCUCUUUUUCCUACAAACAUUGGCUGUAGCUCUUUUUUUCCUACGAACAUUGGAUUAUCCUCUCUUUUUCCUACAAACAUUGGAUUAUCCUCUCUUUUUCCGACAAACAUUGGCUCAAGCUCUCUUUUCCCUACGAACAUUGGAUUAUCCUCUCUUUUUCCAACAAACAUUGGCUGGAGCUGUCUUUUCCCUACGAACAUUGGAUUAUCCUCUUUUUUUCCUACAAACAUUGGCUCGAGUUCUCUUUUCCCUACGAACAUUGGAUUAUCCUCUCUUUUUCCUACAAACAUUGGCUCGAGUACUCUUUUUCCUACAAACAUUGGAUUAUCCUCUCUUUUUCCUACAAACAUUGGCUCAAGCUCUCUUUUCCCUACGAACAUUGGAUUAUCUUUUCUUUUUCCUACAAACAUUGGCUGGAGUUCUCUUUUCCCUACGAACAUUGGAUUAUCCUCUCUUUUUCCUACAAAUAUUGACUGGGGUUCUCUUUUCCCUACGAACAUUGGAUUAUCCUCUCUUUUCCCUACAAACAUUGGCUGGAGAUCUCUUUUCCCUACGAACAUUGGAUUAUCCUCUCUUUUUCCUACAAACAUUGGCUCAAGCUCUCUUUUCCCUACGAACAUUGGAUUAUCCUCUCUUUUUCCGACAAACAUUGGCUGGAGUUCUCUUUUCCCUACGAACAUUGGAUUAUCCUCUCUUUUUCCUACAAACAUUGGCUGGAGUUCUCUUUUCCCUAAGAACAUUGGAUUAUCCUCUCUUUUACCUACAAACAUUGGCUCGAGUUCUCUUUUCCCUACGAACAUUGGAUUAUCCUCUCUUUUUCCUACAAACAUUGGCUGGAGUUCUCUUUUCCCUACGAACAUUGGAUUAUCCUUUCUUUUACCUACAAACAUUGGCUCGAGUUCUCUUUUCCCUACGAACAUUGGAUUAUCCUCUCUUUUUCCUACAAACAUUGGCUGGAGUUCUCUUUUCCCUACGAACAUUGGAUUAUCCUCUCUUUUUCCUACAAACAUUGGCUGGAGCUCUCUUUUCCCUACGAACAUUGGAUUAUCUUUUCUUUUACCUACAAACAUUGGCUCGAGUUCUGUUUUCCCUACCAACAUUGGAUUAUCCUCUCUUUUUCCUACAAACAUUGGCUGAAGCUCUCUUUUCCCUACGAACAUUGGAUUAUCCUCUCUUUUCCCUACAAACAUUGGCUCGAGUUCUCUUUUCCCUACGAACAUUAGAUUAUCCUCUCUUUUUCCUACAAACAUUGGCUCGAUCUCUCUUUUCCCUACGAACAUUGGAUUAUCCUCUCUUUUUCCUAAAAAUAUUGGCUGGAGUUCUCUUUUCCCUACGAACAUUGGAUUAUCCUCUCUUUUUCCUACAAACAUUGGCUGGAGCUCUCUUUUCCCUACGAACAUUGGAUUAUCCUCUCUUUUUCCUACAAACAUUGGCUCGAUCUCUCUUUUCCCUGCGAACAUUGGAUUAUCCUCUCUUUUUCCUACAAACAUUGGCUGGAGUUCUCUUUUCCAUACGAACAUUGAUUAUCCUCUCUUUUUUCCUACAAACAUUGGCUGGGGUUUCUUUUCCCUACGAACAUUGGAUUAUCCUCUCUUUUUCCUACAAACAUUGGCUCAAGCUCUCUUUUUCCCUACGAACAUUGGAUUAUCCCUCUUUUCCUACAAACAUGGGUUGGAGUUCUCUUUUCCCUACGAACAUUGGAUUAUCCUCUCUUUUUUCCUACAAACAUUGGCUCGAUCUCUCUUUUCCCUACGAACAUUGGAUUAUCCCUCUUUUUCCUACAAACAUUGGCUCAAGCUCUCUUUUCCCUACGAACAUUGGAUUAUCCUCUCUUUUUUCUACAAACAUUGGCUGGAGUUCUCUUUUCCCUAAGAACAUUGGAUUAUCCUCUCUUUUACCUACAAACAUGGGUUGGAGUUCUCUUUUCCCUACGAACAUUGGAUUAUCCUCUCUUUUUCCUACAAACAUUGGCUCGAUCUCUCUUUUCCCUACGAACAUUGGAUUAUCCUCUCUUUUUCCUACAAACAUUGGCUCAAGCUCUCUUUUCCCUACGAACAUUGGAUUAUCCUCUCUUUUUCCUACAAACAUUGGCUGGAGUUCUCUUUUCCCUAAGAACAUUGGAUUAUCCUCUCUUUUACCUACAAACAUUGGCUCGAGUUCUCUUUUCCCUACGAACAUUGGAUUAUCCUCUCUUUUUCCUACAAACAUUGGUUGGAGCUCUCUUUUCCCUACGAACAUUGGCUUAUCCUCUCUUUUCCCUAUGAACAUUGGAUUAUCCUCUCUUUUACCUAUGAACAUUGGAUUAUCCUCUUUUUUUCCAACAAAUAUUGGUCUCUGUUGUUUAUGCCACUUUAUUCCGUCCUUCUUAAUCAAUUCUUCUCUUGCCAGGAUAAAUUUCGUUUAUCAUCUCUCUUUCUCUCUCUCUCUCUUUCUCUCUCUCUUUCUUUCUCCCCCCCUCUCUCCUUCACACACACAGCAUUUUCUAUGA